UGAUGCCUUUAGCCUUCCUUAAUGCUCCUCUGUUGCAUACCGGUUAUUUCGUGCGGCAGUGUAGAGCGUAGUGACAAAACUGGGUAAUUCUGUCUGUGGUCAAAUGCUAUUGCUCAGCUGAGACAAAAAAUAUAGCCAAAAGCCGAAGUACAUUGAGGCAGCCCAGCAGUUGGCUAUGCUCUAUGGUUAUUAUUGCCUGUAGGUGUUCAGCAUCAGGCCACAACUUCUCGGACUCAGUCUCACUGCUGCGUUCGAUACAAUCAGGUGUGCAUUCCCAUCAGCUCGCGUUUCAGUUGCCUUCUGCAUUUGGUCGCUUAGUUACACGUUCUCUCGAAAACGCGCGUGCUAAGCCUACUUGGGUCUGUUGGCGUAAGGCUGCAGUUUAAAUCUUGUGUGCUGCCAUCAUCAUUUUGUGAGUGCUAGUGCUGGACUGUGGACCGCAUCAAGGAGAGUAGUAACUACUAACGGUCUCGAUUGCUGGUGAUUAUUGACAAAGUCAAACAGUUUUCAAAAUAUUUUCUAUAAGUGAUUGCAAAACGUGGUGAAGAGCGGCAAUCUUGUGAAUCGGUACACAUGAACCGUUGGUGUUGUAUAGAUCAUUGUGAAGAAAAGUGUCUGUCAUAAAGCACAUUAUUUUUAGAAACAAGUUCAACGUGAUAUAGGUACUUCAUCGUGAGAUCAAUUGCAUAAUAAUUGUUCAAUUUAUAAGAAAUUGUGUUAAUGGUGUGAAACUGAGAUACUGCAAAAGUGAGAAAACUUAUUUGUCAAUCCAGCUUUAGUUUCUGUGACUUGAUUAGAUACCUUUUAGACAGGCACACAUACUGAAAAUUUGAAGAGCUAGUGUUGGUUGCACAGCAUUUUGGAUACACCUAUUUAGCACCUUGGCUUACACCAUCACCGUUGUCACCGUUUGGGAAUUCAAGCUACACAGCAUUUUCGAUUCCUUCUGUGAACUGCACACGGCAACAGACUUCAUCAACGAGAAUCAUCAAACACGAGAGCAACGUUCGACCAGCAUAGAUAAAAAUAAAAAGCAUUCAACAUGCUGAUUAUUAACUAUUAACCACGUAUAAAAGGACAAUAUUCGGACCACCGAACGCGUUCAUCUCGCAAAACAUAUUAUCAUCCUCUGCGGUAUCAACACAACAGUUGCAAAAUGACUGCAGUCGAAGUGCACUCGGGCUACAAAUAUUAUGGGAAGGCCAAGGAUCCCAACAAAAAGAUAGUGUUGAACCAUCUGAACAUGAGUGUGACUAGAGGAUCGAUAUAUGGAUUGCUAGGAGCUUCAGGAUGCGGAAAAACAACACUACUUUCAUGCAUAGUGGGGCGAAAAUUUUUGAACAGUGGCGAAAUUAGUGUGCUGGGAGGCACACCUGGAACACCCGGAUCUGGAGUACCGGGGCCAAGAAUUGGAUAUAUGCCACAAGACAUUGCCCUUGUAGAAGAGUUUUCCAUCAAAGAAACGAUUUAUUACUUCGGACGAAUAUAUGGCAUGUCGACGGAGAAAAUACGAGAGCGAUAUAAAUUACUCAAAGAGCUACUAGAGCUGCCAUGCGAUGAUCGACACGUCGGAAAUUGCAGCGGAGGUCAACAGAGACGAGUUUCUUUCGCAGCUGCCAUGGUCCAUGAACCAGAACUGUUGAUCUUGGAUGAACCGACCGUUGGUCUUGACCCGUUGCUACGGGAGCGAAUAUGGCACUAUUUAGUCGAUACGACAAGUACAAGCAAAUUGGCUGUGAUUAUUACUACGCACUAUAUCGAGGAAGCAAGACAGGCUUCUUGUAUUGGCUUGAUGCGGAAUGGCAUUCUGCUGGCAGAAGAUACUCCCAUCAAUAUUAUGGAGCGUUUCAAUUGUACAAAUCUGGAAGAUGCCUUCCUUACACUUUGCCAAAAACACGGUCCCUCCGAGGAGGCUGACCGAACUACACAUGAGUCACAUACCAUACGUAGCAUAAAAUCUAUAGAUACAAUAGAGGACGUUGGAUCCGAUAUCAAGAAGUCUAUCCCGCCACUGUCGUCACCAACUAAUGAAAAGAAAGAAAUCAGUAAAAGCCUGUACGAAGAAAGUGGAAAACCGAUUACGAAAACCAUAAAAGAAGUUUUGAGCUUUACGACGAAACGAAGAAUGAACGCAUUGCUAUCGAAAAAUUUCCUCCAAAUGAUCCGGCAACCUGCUGGAAUGGUAUUUCUGUUCCUUUACCCCAUAUUUCAGUUGGUAAGUUUUUACAUAGCAAUAGGUGGAGAUCCGAAGGACCUUCGGUUAGGCGUCGUGAACGACGAGGUGAACAAUAUACAGGAAUGCUUCAACAGGUCGCUUAUCACUACAUUCUAUCACGAUGAGUAUGACUGCGAUUUGCACAAAAUCUCCUGUCGGUUUCUGGACCAGCUGAAUCGGAGCGUUGCGAUACAGGAACAUUACAAGUCGUUUGACGAUGCUUACAAAGCAGCCAAAACGGGGAAAAUAUGGGGAUUCAUUUAUUUUUCGGACAACUUUACCGAAUCGCUCCAAGACGUGAGGGAUAACGUGCGGGAUGCCAACGAAGGAUCCUUCCAUACAUCGGAAAUAAAGGUCUAUUUGGACAAGUCGGACCAGCAGGUGACAUUCUUUCUCGAGAAAAAGCUCAUAGAAACGUACAAGGAAUUCGCUGAAGGAGUAAUGUCGGACUGCCACCUACCGAAGCAGUUAGCAAACAUCCCAAUAACAUUUGAGGACCCUAUUUAUGGAUCAUUCAAGGAUGAAUUUACUGACUUUAUGGCUCCAGGAGUUGUCAUGACAAUGAUCUUCUUUCUGGCUACGCUCAUCACGGCAACGAUAUUUAUCACCGACCGGCUCGAAGGUGUCUGGGAUAGAACGUUAGUUGCAGGUAUCACGGCUCUCGAGUUGUUGUUGGCGCAUAUAAUUACGCAAACGUCGAUUAUGCUGUUGCAGUGUGUGGAAAUCAUUCUCCUCGCAACGUUCAUAUUUGACGCACAGAACCAAGGAAGCAACAUCACUGUGGUCGGGCUUCUGAUGCUGCUAGGCUUCGCUGGAAUGCUAUAUGGGUUGCUAAUAUCCAUAUUUUGCGAUGCACAUUCUACGGCGAACUUCAUGGCAACCGGAAGUUUCUAUCCCAUGAUUAUUAUGUGCGGAAUUUUGUGGCCACUGGAAGGUAUGCCCCAAUAUCUACAGUACUUGGCGUACUGCUUCCCCUUUACGGUGCCUUCAAUGGCGGUGCGAAACGUGCUUUCCAAAGGAUGGAGUAUCACAAACUCUCAAGUCUACAUGGGUUACGGUGCGGUUGGUGUCUGGAUAAUUAGCCUUUUGCUACUAUGUUUAAUCGGUCUGAAGAUAAAGAAAUAGUAACAUCUUUAAAAGUUGUCCGCUCAAUGAAUAGCAGAUUAGUUUAAUUUCUGUAUUGGUAAGCUCUGUAUAUAUGAAUUAUUAGCUGUUAUCCGAUUGGUUGUUCAAUCGAGAGAAGCUACGAAACGGAUGAUUAGAUUCGCUUACCAGAAAAUUUUAUGAAGCUCAAUUAGGCUUAGAGUGGUUUUAGUGCGCUAAAUAAGAAAUCCAAAAGUACCACAACCUUUUCCCAUCUCUCUGAAGUUUGGUGUAGCAAGGCAAUUUCUGCUGUCGCCUUUGUGAUAGCAUCUACGUAAGGUAUACCCGAAAGUCUGUUAUUUAUAAUUCCAAAAUUGUCUAGAUAUUAUUUUACAAUAAAGCAUGAAUGUGAAAACUGGCUUUGUAAUGAGACGAGAGUAAUUUAUUUUGUGUCAUUCAUUUCUUACCAACAGAGCAGCUAAACACAUAAUGAAGGUAAACAAUAAUAUCAGUAGAAUAAGUAGCAUAGAAACCUGUGUAAUUAUGGCACAAAGCGAUGUCAUGACAUCUUUGACAUACUACUUGUGGUCAUUAAAUUGCAUUCAAGAAAAUAUAUGCAAGGGAUUAUAUGGGAAAGAUUUUUAAAUAAAUAUCACCUGGUCAACAAAAACAAAAAAGAACUAACAUCAUUUUCACUAGAAUGCCCGAUUGUUUGUGUAAAAUAAAUGUUGUUUUUUU